AUGGCAAAAAACAUUGGGAAAAAGAAAAGAUCUACACCAGAAAAUAUAAACAUGAAUGUUACUUUUUCAAUGUUUUCUGAAGAAUGUAAGCGGCGUAAAAUGACUACGGGAAUGAUACUAAAUUACAGUGGAAAUCAUCAGUUCACAUUAAAUGAUUUUAGUGUGUUUAAUUUAAUGCUGCUAUUUGUAAACCAAGAAGUUGAUCAUUACUAUGAAAAAUUUAAUUUAUAUUCACAAGAAAUUAUCACUUCAGAUGUAAUAGUUAAGAUUGCUGAAGAAACAAAAGAACAAGCAAAUUCAAAACACUGGCAUUCCAUGAGACAAGGAAGAGUGACUGGUUCAAGAAUAUAUGAGUACAUACAUUGUAAAACCCAAAAUGGUGCUUUAGUGCAAAGCAUUCUUGGUGGAUACAAGGUGCCAGAGACUUUAGCUAUAAGAAGAGGUAAGCUACUAGAAAAAGAAGUACUGAAAGAAUUAGAAAAAGAUCUUAGUUAU